AUGUGUUGUGGGAAAUUAGUAAAGGGUCAGCGGUCCAGAGGGACUUGUGGCAUUGGGAAGUUGGCGCGCGCGUGGCGCGGCGCCGGAUGGAGGCAGAUGGCGGUGUGGUGUCUUGAUGGGACUCAGAGGUGGCUUGCACGCGGAUACUAUCUAAGGCUCUGGUUUCGUUCACUCUCUCCCUCUUCUUUAACACACACUCGACAUCUAUCUUGCCCAUUCGCCUGCUACAAGUUGAUUGA